AUGCUAUUGCGACGUUCGUUGUUUGUGCUCGACAUCUGCGUCCUCCUUUCCAUCGUCGUUUUCCUUGCGUUCAUGCCAGCUGAAAGGUAAGAAUGAUUAGAUAUGGUAGCAGAUAACUGAUCAGGGUCUGCACAAAACAGGAUGUCCCGGACAAGUGUGCACUUUUCAGGUGCGUCCAUUUCGAAGCGAACGAGAACGCUCCGAACUCAGCGGCCUCGUGCAAUAUCCAUCCAGUUCAUCAUCCGGAUUUCAAUUUCAACAAAACUGCCCAUCCGACGGAUCACCGUCAUCUCGUUACGGUCUGUCACCGUCUCCGGUGGUCGCAUUACAAGUUCUGGGACAAUAUGUGUUCGUCUCGGUCCAAACUUUAUUUUUUCAUUUUUCCAUUUUCAGACUUUAUCCUUCUGCCGGCGAUCACUUGCAUCGUCCUGAUCGUGUACACAAUUGGAGAACUUUGCGAGUUUGACCUUUUUGUAGGACAGGUUUGUAUCUGUCUCCGGUCCCCUCCUAUCAUAUUUCCUCCCUUUUCCGGUCCAAAGCACGUUUCUGGUCGUCUUCUCCAUUGUCGCCGUCUUAUACACAGUUGGAGGUAGCAAAGCUAUGACACUGAUUUGAUUGGACGGCUGAUAUAUUUCAGUUAUCAGUUACGAGAAGAAUCGCGCCGAGAACAAUUGGCCAUUCCUCCAACAUGUGCAUCUUCUCGGAGCCGAGCACUCGUCGAUCAACGUGACCGUGCCCACCACGUGGCAGUACAGCAUCGCCUUGUGCAUCCUCUCGGCUCUCUUCAAAAUUGGAAGAAUUCUCAUCCAGCACUUCUUUGGAGACGUGAGAGAAUAGCAGUGAAUUAAUUGCAAAGAGAUAACUUUCAGAAGAAGUUCUUCUUGGACGACGACGAUCAACACGAACAGAAGAAGAAGAAGAAGAACGGUUCGGAAGAGGAUCCCGUCCCCAACGGCUCCGGGCAGCUCAACGAAUCGAGAUAUUCGAGAAUCGAAACGGAUUGA